AUGUAUCAAACAAGAUCCCAAAUAUUCCCUUGCAUUUAUCUUAUCGAUGGUGUGGGCAAUCCUUCGUUUCUAGAAAUCAAACCAGAGUAUAGUUCUUAUGCUCACCAUUGUAACAGACCCAUUCAAUUGACCCCUAAGUUUCACUACCCUCCAGGGAGCGUGUUUUUAGUUGGUUUGUGUAAUGGAUUUACUUGUUUCGUGAAUGACUCGACGAAUAUUGAUCAGAAACAUUCUCUUUAUAUUGGUAAUCCUCUUUUGGGUGAAUAUUUUGAAGUUAAAUUGCCUAAAUGGGAGAUUACUGACUGUGGUGUUACUUAUGGAUUUUGUUUUAGCAAAGCGUCUGGAAAAUAUAAGGUAUUGAGAUUAGUAGUUGGAAAGCUUACUAAAGUAUCAGGAUUGGAAGUUUAUACUCUUGGAAUUGGUGAGAAAUGGAGAAAUGUGGGUAAAAUUCCAUGUCCUGCAUGCUAUAAGUUUGGCAAGGUUAAUAUCAAUGGUGCUCUUCAUUGGAUGGAUAGCGAAAAAAAUGACAUCAUUUACUCCUUCGAUAUUGAGACAGAGAAGAUCAAGUCCCUGCCAGCUCCACUAGGACUGGUAAAUCCACCCUGGAACUUGAAGCUAGUAGAGUUGGGGAAUUAUUUAUGUUUGACUGAUUAUUACAACACUAAUAUUGAUAUUUGGCGGAUGAAAGAGUAUGGGAUUUCUGAAUCUUGGACUAAAGAUAUCAUUUUGGUGGAUUCUAUUCCGCGUAGUAUGGUUCACUUUAAUUUUGAACCGAUACUUAUGUGGAAAGAUGGAGAAAUAUUAAUUCAAAGUGGCACAAAGCUAGCUUUGUAUGACCCAAAAAUGAAGAGUUUCAGGUUGGUUUAUUUUCACAGUGAGGUCAUUACAGCGGUUACAUACAUUCCAAGCUUUUACUCACUCAAAACUGUCAUGGGGGACAAAUUUCAAGUUUCAAAUGUUUAUCCAAAGACCCGGAUAGUUUAG